CCCACAGAGAACGCCGAGCCAAAAGCUCCUGCCGGGGCUACUACUAGCAUGAACGGCACACAAUUACCAGCGGAGGCGUCAGCUUCAAAUGCGGAUGCGGCCAUUGCGCCAGUGCCUAUCCCAGACUCGAAGGCCGCGACGCGUAAAGAUGCGUCGCUCAAGGAGUUCCUCAACAAAAUGGACGAUUAUGCGCCCGUCAUUCCCGAUGCUGUAACUAACUAUUACAUGACGCGCGCCGGGCUCCCGCCACCGCCGCAGACGGACCAGCGCCUCGCCCGCCUUCUCGCCCUGGCAACGCAGAAGUUUGUCGCCGACAUUGCCGCUGACGCCUAUCAGUAUAGCCGCAUUCGCGCAAGCAACACCAGUGCGAACAACCCCAUGGGCAGCCUCGGCGCGGCAGCUGGAUUCCCCGCCCCCGGGCAGCCUGCCAACCAGCCGGGGAAUAAGGACCAGGCUCGCGGCGCGCCGCUAGGCAUCCAGAGACCGGGCUAUGGCGGUGGCGGUCAGGGCGGCAGCCAGAACCGUACCGUGCUGACCAUGGAGGAUUUAGGCAUGGCGGUUGGCGAGUUCGGUGUUAAUGUCAAGCGGAGUGAGUUUUACCGCUAA